AUGUCAAAGCAUCCACCAGCACGUCCUUAUCGGCUAUAUCCUGCAUAUUGCUUCCGCGCAUCGCCUACGUUCGAUGCCUGGGUGAAGAUCACGGCUGCUGAUGUGCAAGCCCUACGAUCAGAGCCCGAGUUUCAAGGCCAGCGUAUAUAUUUUCACCUAAACCAUCCCAUUCGAUAUGUCCGAAUAGUCGGCGUCGUUGUAGCAAUCGACGACAUCAACCUCAAAUACACCGUCCUCACCAUCGACGACGGAAGCGGCGCAAACAUCGAGCUCAAAAUCGUCAGAACCUCUGUAGAAACUUACAAUCCCAAGAGUACACCUACGAGUACACAGAUUGAUAAUGUGAACGUCAUCAGCCAAUUUGGGGUGUUCGAGGUCACAGUAGACCACGUAUGCCUAGACAUAGGAUCCGUCAUCAAAGCCAAAGGCACCAUAUCGGAAUUUCGAGGCAUCAAGCAAUUGGAGCUCAAGAGGAUUUGGGUAAUUUCGACGACGAACGAGGAGGCCCAGGCUUGGGCUGAAACUGCUGCAUACAAGAAGAAGGUGUUGUCGACGCCAUGGCAUAUCGGUUCCUCUGAGCAUGAGAAAAUCAAGAACAGCAUUAAAGCGGAGAAGAAGAAAGUACAGGACGAUGCAAGACAGGAUGUGGAGCGAGAGGUACGGAGAGCGCAACGGAGAAAGGACAAAGAAGCCUAUCUUGCACAAAGAGAGGUCAAGCUUGAGUCGCGCCGACGAAGGGAAGAGACGAUGAUGGAUGCUGGCGCUUUGAUCUGA